GCCGCCCGCCCCGCCCCAGCCGCAGCUCGGCGCGGCGCGGCUCGGCAUGGCGGGGCUGCGCUUCCCGCAGCACGGCGGCUACUGCCGCGCGGCCGCGGCCAUGAACCUCCUGCUCGGCGUCUUCCACGUCCUCCUGCCCUGCUUUCGGCCCGGGGAGGCGCAGGGACAAGCCAUCGAGCCCAUCCCCGGCGUGGUGGAGCUGUGGCAAGCCGAGGAGGGGGAGCUCCUGCUGCCCGCCCAGGCUGAUUCGGAGGAGGAUGUGGAAGAGCACCCACAAGAGCAAAGCUUCUCAGCAAAAAUGCCUCCAAAUGGGAAGGCCUUACAUUUUCACCCAUCAGUUCUGCAUUUUGGAAUGCAGUUACUGGGGUUACCCAGAGCUAAAAUGCUGCAUGCCUACAACCCUAGUAGAGAUAGAGAUGUUGUAGUCAAUUCAGUGUUUACAGCUACUAGACAGUUUCAUGUGUCUCCUGCUCAUAGCCGGGUGAUUCCAGCGAUGGGAAAGAUGUCUUUCAGAGUACUCUUCCUGCCCACAGAAGAAGGCAGUAUUGAAAGCUCAUUAUUUAUAAAUACCUCAUCUCAUGGAGUUCUUUCAUAUCAGGUUUUUGGAACAGGAAGUCUGAUGUCUUCUCCAGAGGAACCUAAAGUGCAGCUAGCAAAUGCCUACUUACUGCUUCCACACAUUCAGAACAUCCAGGCAUCACACACACUGACAGAAACUAUGAAUGCUAGUCUAUUACGGGUUCACCUUGAAUGCAGUUUACCUAAUGACACAUAUCAGCUAGUUAAGAGCUGCUGUUUUAUGUCCGAUGACUCAAUGCUGCUAGAAAUGAGCUUAACAGUAAGAGUGGAAAAUGCCCAGCAAGAUUUAGUGGAGCACAGACAAUACUUACUGGAGAAUCUUUUUAUAGUUUAUGUAGCAAUGGAAAGAACAAAGACCUCAGGUCAUUCAUCAGUAGAUGUGUAUAUCAUGCAUUCUGGAAACAGCCUGGUGCAUGUACAGGAAAUACGGCAGUUGUCACAAAAAGACCCAUCAGCUGUGGAGUUUGAGCCAGCACUGCUAUCCUCAUCGUCUACUAACUUCACAAAAGUUGCUUCUAUUUCUUGUAAAGCUGCAUCCUGUGACAGUGAAAGUCUUUAUUCUGACAACAGCAAGAACUAUCUUUUGAAAGGCACUACAACACUCAAAGCCUGUCUUUUCUGUCCUGUGAUGGAAGGGUAUUUUGAUGUUGAUCCUUCUGCAGCACUGUUUCAUAUAGAACCACAUCAUAAUACUUCAGGAUAUUGGUCCAUAUGGUUUACAAACAAUUUUUACUUCAGCAUUGAAUUGAAUGAGGUCUUCAUAGCCAGAGAAACAAAGAACAUAGUAAAGAUUCUGAACUUUGCUGAACCUCUGACUCUACCUCCAGGCUGCUGGAAUGUUUUUUCUUUGAAGCUCAUCAGUGUGAAAGACACUGUAACGAAUGCGCUCUCUAGUAUUUGUUUGUCCACAAAUGUGGGAGUGAUGUUUGAAAUACCUCUGCAGAUAUAUUCGACUGUGUCCAAGCAGGGAGAUCUUAAUUUUGAAGCAAUUGCCCACUGUGAUAUUCAGUGCUACUUGGGAAAGUCUGAUUCAGCAAAUCUGCUUUGGCAGAAGAGUCUCUCUCUGGACCGUUCUGCCUGGGACGUGGAUUCUGAGCUUGCAAGUGACCUUUAUGAAAGAUGGCAAAAAAUAAGACGUGGAGAAGCAUGCAGCAGGAGAAGUAUUUUAGGAUCGGCUCGCUUUACUCAGCAGAAGAACUCUGAGGAGGAAUCCUUUGCCUUUUUCUUGCCACGGUUGACUACAGAGCCUGGCCUUACACUCAACUUUAAUGCCACAGCUGUUAAAAGUAGUAUGGUAAAAUAUUUCGUACUAAGAAACCCUUCAUCCUUCCCAGUUACGUUGCAGCUUCUGCCUCUUUCUUACUACCCUGAUCCCCAAGCUUCACUGAGUCUGCUGAAAAAAUGGUUCGGCAUAGAUGUGCAAGCUAUUAAUUUCACAACCACCGAAUUCAGGCUAAUGGAUGAAUGUUCUCACAGGAAUGCACAUCAAGAGGACCUCAUCAGCAAGAAAUGCAGUUCUGAGAUGCUUUGUUUAAGUUUACAGCCCCUGGAAACCAGAAAAGUUGGUGUAAUUUUUACACCUCUUGACUACAAAAGAGUAGCUUCCCUUAUUUUAAUCAGAAACAACUUAACUGUUCUGGAUGUGGUCAAUGUAGAAGGCUUUGGAGCCAAAGAAUUGCUUAAAGUAGGGGGAAGACUCCCUGGUGCAGGAGGAUCCCUUCGAUUUAAGGUGCCAGAAGCGACAUUAAUGGACUGCAGACGACAACUGAAAGACAGCAAGCAAAUUCUAUCCAUUACGAAGAACUUCAAAGUAGAGAAUAUUGGGCCUCUUCCUAUAACAAUUUCAUCAAUGAAAAUCAAUGGUUACAGCUGCCAAGGAUAUGGAUUUGAAGUGUUAGACUGUCGGGAAUUUUUCCUAGCUCAAAACUCAUCACGAGAAAUCAGCAUUGUAUUCACUCCUGACUUUACAUCUUCGUGGGUAAUUCGUGAGCUCACACUGGUGACUGCUGCUGAUUUGGAGUUCCACUUCACGCUCAACGUGACCCUCCCUCACCAUCUGUUACCGCUGUGUGCGGAUGUGGUGCCAGGACCCAGCUGGGAAGAGUCUUUCUGGAGGCUCACUGUCCUCUUUGUAAGUUUGUCCCUCCUUGGAGUGAUUCUGAUAGCCUUCCAGCAAGCUCAGUAUAUUCUAGCAGAGUUCAUGAAAUCAAGACAGAGGCCAAAUCCUAGUGCUUCACCACAGCAGAACAGCAACUCUGUUGACGUAAUCAGCUCUGAUUCCUACAAGGGAAGCUGCAAGACAUUUAUGGAUUCCUAUAGUUCCUCAGAUAAAGGUAAAGGGAAGGGCUUCCUGUCUGUAGGCACUUCUUCCAGCCGAAGUCAGAGUGCGGCAAAGAGAAGUCCUGCGACCUACAGCCACUCUCAGAAGAAACACAAAUGUUCAGUUUACUACAGUAAGCAGAAACCAAACACAGCAGCUGGCAGUGCCAUUGCAGCUGCUGAUGAGAAACAGAAUCAGAUUGCAGAGAACCAAGUCUCAGCGCCAAAAGAGGACAUUUGCACUGAUGAUGUCAGUGAGAACUGGGUAACUCUGAAAUAUGCAAAUAGCAUAAAUGUUAACAAGAAUUUAACUCUUCCAGAAGACUUUCUGGGUAAAGAAGAAAGUACACUGAAAAAUACAGUUCUCAUUAAAAAUACUUCUUCAGAGUGUGAUCUGAAGGAAGAUCUUCAAACAUGUAUGUUUCCUAAGGAAACUAACCUUAAAACUUCAGAAAAUCUAGCUGAGCUCAAAGAACAGGAGUUCUGUUCUGUGAAGAUGUCCAAGAAGCUGCCUGAAAGUCACUUGUCCAGAAAUUCACCUCAACAACAGCCAGAACUGCAAGAAAUAAGGAAAAUUAGUGGGAAUAGCCAGCAAGUGCCUCUCAGGAAUGAAACAGAAAACUGCGAGACUUCAAAAAAGCAGAUCAACCUAAAGCCUUCCACAGAGAAAAAGAUUAGUAAGGGAACCAAGGAAGAGACUCCAUGCUGUGCAAAAGAGGAGAUUACUUCUUCUGAGCAAGAAGAUGCGUAUAGAAAGAAGAAGACUCAGGAUAAAAAGGAAGGAAAUGUACCAAAUAUGAAUUGGAAUAGAAAUAGAACAUCUAGGAAAAAUAAAAAGAAGAAUGUAAAUAUAUCCACAAGGGUCCCUGAGCAGAGUGAGUUGAAGCAUAUGUGUGGUGAAUUUGAAAGGCCGGAUCUGAGAGCGAAUAUUGGAAUAAGAGCCUGGUGUCCUCAGAAUAAUGGGGAAAAUUGUAAAGCAGACCAAAAAGCUGGGAGCUUGUCCAUACAGGGAGAAACAGAAAACUUUUAUCAGAGGUCCAAAAAGAAGUGUUUGGAGAAGUUUUGUUCUGAUUCAAGCUCAGAUUGUGGAAGUUCGUCAGGAAGCGUUCGUGCAAGUCGUGGGAGCUGGGGUAGCUGGAGCAGUACCAGCAGUUCAGAUGGAGAUAAAAAGCCAAUGAUUACUACCAGGCAUUUUCUUCCAUCCAGAGAGAAUAUUUCACAAAAUGAUUUUCCAUCUGAAACUCCUAUCACUCUAAAUCUGUCUCAUAACAUCUGCAAUACCAGCAGAGACAUGAACAGCAUCCCCCAAUAUCCUGAAACCUUAUGUCCCAAUUUCACUGACAUAGCUGCAGAUCCUGACAAAAAUAAAGGUCUUUACCCAACAGGAGACUUGUGGCCUGCCCAGCCAGUCUGCAUGACAAACAGUUUGAAUUACAACCUUGAGAAUAAUAUACCAUGCAUGAUCCAAGAAACCCCCUCUGUCCACAACAGCAAAUUUUAGUAAUGAAAGAUGUGCCACAAACUAGAGAGCAGAAAUACUCUGCCACCACACAGCAGUGAAAUAUGGCCAGUUCUUCAAGUUGUAUCCUGUCAUCCAAAAUGACAGGAGAAGGGCCUGGGGGUCCUGGUGCACAACAAGCUGUCCCUGAGCCAGCAGUGUCCUUGUGGCCAGGAAGGUCAGUGGUACCCUGGGGUGCAUCAGGAAGAGCAAUGCCAGCAGGGCAAGGGAGGUGAUCCUGCCCCUCUGUUCAACCCUGGUGAGGCCACAUCUGGAGUGGGUUCCAGUUCUGGACUCCACAGUCAGUGCAACAGAGAUCAGGAGCUCCUGGAGCACAUACAGAGAAAAACUGGGCAGAACCUGAUGUACAGGAAGUUCCACCUGAGCAUGAGGAAGAACUUCUUUACUUCAGGUGCAGUGACCACACACCAGAAUGGAUGGUCCAGAGGGGUUGUGGAGUCUCUCUCACUGGAGAUAUUCAAGAGCCCUCUGGACACAGUCCUGUGCCAUGUGCUCUGGGAUGGCCCUGCUUGACCAGGGAGGCUGGAUCAUAUGACCCCCUGUGGUCCCUUCCAGCCUUACCCAUUCUGUGACUGCUUUCAUACACCUAUCUCAAUUUGGACUUCAUAUGCAAAAAAUACAUGCACAUCCAUGCAAUUAUGUAUUGAUAUUUAGUAGUGAUAACUUCAGAUAGUUAUUCAUAUUGGCUGAAUAGUAAAAUUGAAGUAGGGCAGCUUCUUAUGAAAUCCUUUUCUAUGCCUGCCUUGUGCAGACUGGAUCCAGAGUUGGACUACUUCAAACUUGUUGCAUAGCAGGGCCUAUUUUGCUACUGACAUGUCUUGAGGAAUUACUUUUGAAAAAAUCUUCUUGAAAUUCUGAAAUUAUUUUAAUAAAGUAGUAUAGCCCCUAGAAAUCUAUGUGUAGCUUAGAAAAUUCACUGUUUAACAGGACUUGAGCACAUUUGGUUGGGAAAAUAGAAAUCUCGAUUUUAAUUGCUAUUCUCAAGGAUUCAAAUGUAUUAUGUCUUCUUCUGCCAUCUCAAGUCACAUAAUCCAUGAUUGUGGGGAAGAAGUACAGUUCUUUUCUUUUUCCAGGGAAGAAAGUUGAACCCAGCUAGGCAUUGCAGGACUCUGGUAGCAUCAUUACAAGUUGUUCAUUUUCCCAGAGGAAAAAGAGCUCUGUGAGAGAGAUUGCUGUGAUUAUGUCAUGGUGCAGGGUAGAUCCUGGCAGAAUUGACAAGUGGAAUGUGAAAAGCCUCAUGUUCAGUUGCCGGCAUUUUGCAUCCAAGAGCUUUACAAUAAAUAAGUAUUUCUAAGUAAUUUUCAGAAGUCCUGCAAAUUGUUUCUGACUGCAGAUUUUUUU